UCUAAGUAGAGGAGGUGAGAUAAACGAGAAUGGAAUUCCAUACAUCUAAAUAGUAUUAUUUUUAUUAUUUAUUUGCGAAAGAAAAUACAUAUGGUUGCAUGGAUAAAAGCACCACCCAGCCUACCAUGCUAAAUACGAUCAAGAGAACUUGAUCAUUUGUCCAAUACACAUCUCAAGUUCUGAACCCAUCCCACCAACUUAACUCAAGCUAAAACCCCACACCACUGGAACAACCAAGAUUCUAAAUUGUUGAACCAAAAUUUUCAGGUGCGUCUGGCUCACCUUGCAGAAAUUCCAGCAAUUACUACUAGAGAACACGAACAGAUCACAAUCUUACCUCCAUCCGUCCAUGCUCACCCCUCCAUUUUUUUUUUUUCUAAUCUUACCAUAUUUUUCACUCUUUUUUUUUUUAAAAACUAUUUCCCCUCCUCCCAGAAAGACAGAACAGCCAGCACAAAGGAAACUGUAUAUGUAACAGUCUAAAACUAUGUGAAGAGAUAUAUUUAGAUGGUGAAAUCUUAAUUCCACUGAGGAUGAAAGAGCCACUGGACCAUAGAUGCCUGAAAAUAAUAGAAGAAACGAAAGCCAGCAACAAAAGCUACACUUACCAGAACUGCUGGCUUUCUGUCUUUCUUCUCUGCUUCUCCAACUUCUUUUACACUCAUGCUGUUGAUGCCAAGCUCGACCUGCGAUUAAAAUAAGUGGAAAAAAGAAAGCAUGAUAAUAAAAUUGUAAAAGAAACAAUAUAAAAAAAUUGCUCAAGUUUUGAAGAACAUGCCUUCUGACUGGUUUCUGCACAGCUUCUGAGUCUAAUUCGCUGAUGGUUUCAAUUACCACUUUAAGUGCAGCAUUUGGCUUCACCUUAAGAAAAACAAGAAACAAAUUCAAAUCGAUAAGGCAAAGAGAUUAAAACUU